UCCAUUCUCUUAUUUCACCAUGUGUGUGCGCGAGAAGAAAUAACAAUGGAGGGAGGGGAGAGCUGCGGCAAUAGCGUGAGUGAGGAGGUGAAGCCGGAGUGGGAGGAAGGAGAGGUCUUGAUGCAGGGCGGAGGCGGAGAGGGUGGGGGUGCUGUGACGGCGGCGGGGGAAUCCAUGGCGCCGGUGCAGAUCGACGUGAGGAUGGACGUGGCGCUGCUCCACUGCCAGGCCUGCCUCCUCCCCCUCAAGCCUCCCGUGUUCAAGUGCGAGGCCGCCGGGCACGUGGUGUGCUGCUUCUGCCGCGCCGGGCACGCCGCCCUCUGCAGCCGCGCCGGCACCCACUGCGGCGAGCUGGACGCCGUGGUCGGCGCCGCCAAGGUGCCGUGCCCCUACAAGGUGUUCGGCUGCGAGCGCUACGUGGUGUACCACGGCGCGGCGGACCACCAGCGCGCGUGCCAGUGCGCGCCCUGCUCCUGCCCGGAGCCCGGCUGCGUCUUCGUGGGCUCCCGCGCGAUGCUGCUCGACCACUUCGCCGCCGGCCACCAGCGCCACGCGGUCACGGUCCGCUACGGCCGGCCUUGGAACCUCGGUUUCUCCCUGUCGCGCCGCUGGCACGUGCUCGUCGGGGAGGACCGCAGCGUGUUCCUCGUCUCCCUCGGCCCGCUCGGCGCUGCCACCGCCGUCUCGCUGGUCUACGUCAGGCCGGACGGCGCGGCCGAAGCGGCGCCCCAGUUCCGGUGCAAGCUGUCCGUGGAGCGCCCGGCGGGCGACGGCAAGGACAACCUGGUCCUCAUGACCUCCGCGGUGAGCAGCAGCGCGCUGUCCACCGGCGCGCCGGCGCCCGGGCAGGGGAUGUUCCUGGCGGUGCCCCAGGAGCUGCUCUCCGGCGACACUCUCAUGCUAAGCGUCCGGAUUGAUCUGAUCCGACCGGCCGGCGGCGCUCCCAAGUCCGCUACACCUACACCACAGGCCAGGACGCCGAGGAGGUUGCAGUGAAGUACUCGUAUGCGUUUGAUUAUCUGCACCAUGUUAACUUAGAUGGCUUCUCAUGGUUAACUUGUUUAAUGCAAUAUACUCCCUCCGUUCCUAAAUAUUUGUCUUUUUAGGCAUUUCAACAAGUGACUACAUACAGAGCAAAAUGAAUGAAUCUACACUUUAAAAUAUGUCUACAUACAUCCGUAUGUGGUGUUCAUUUGAAAUGUCUAGAGACAAAUAUUUAGGAACGGAGGGAGUACUAAGAUUUAUAGUAUGACGAACAGUUCAAUUCAGUGGAAGUAGUGCAGCUAAGCUAUGGAUGAUUAGUAGUAUGAGUGUAUGAAUGAGACGAUGAAUUGUUCUGGCUUCUGUUAGUUAAGUUGUUCUGGCUUCUAACCAGUUCAAUUCGGUAGUAAUGCAGCUAAGGGUAGCAGUACUGUAGCUAAGCAAGGGUAGGAAUGCUGAACAAAUAGCCUAAAUAAUACUCCCUCCGUUAUUCAUUUCUCCGACAAAUAUUUCCGAGACGGAGGGAUUACUACUCUACUAAGUAGUAGUAAUGCAGCUACUGGUUUGUAUUUUAUCCGAGUCAAGCGCAACCAAUUUUCUCGACAAAGGGUGGAAUUUGUGAAGCGUAUUGCUCUAGCUUCUCUUACUGUACUGUAUAAGGUUGUCCAUGCUCAGAUUCUUCAGUUGUUAGUUCACAAGAAAGGAGCUUCUGUAAAUCAUUUUGUCAGACAGGGAGGAACAAGAUGCAUGUAAAUGUAUCCUUCUCAAAAACUAACAUCAAUUUUUCAUUUCUUAUUUAUUUUUGUGGGCAAAGCUGGACCUGAGAGGACCUUAAUGUGCAAAACCCCGCUCCCCCGCGUCACUCCCUCGGAGCACCACGGGUGGAACCCUAGAUCGAAAAACAGCGGCGGCGCGUUGGAGUUGGCCUAAGAAUUUAAAUAUUAAACAGUGCUAUACACACGACGCAACUUGGACGAUUUGUGCAUGAUCCACUUGAUCAAGCCGUUGAUGCCUGGACGAAAAGUGCAGCGGAGCAUCAGAUUUGCAUCAGGCACAAAUCGUACGAUGGAGCAUCGUCUGCACAGUAGUUUCAUUAAAUAUUAUGCUUUUACCAAGUUGUAAGAGAGAAAAUGAGAGGGAAAAGAAGCGGGUUGUAGCUUUCUGGCCACCGCAGCCUCACCGACGUCGUCCUCGCUGCCUCCGGUCCUUCCAUCAUUCGGCCCUGGUGCCCCUGGAGUUGAAAUCGUCGACCAUGCUGAUUCUUGGGCUCCCCAGCUUUGUGAACACCAAGGUGCAUCCCCACAUCUUUACUGUUGGUGCACAGCACCAUGGAUUGUAAAGUGUUACUCCAUUCGUUUUGUAAUAUAAGAUCGUUUUGCAAGCUAGAGGGUUUCAUAAGUAUAAGAUUAUUUUGCAAGCCGAAGGGAGUACUUGUUUAGCUUGGUUAUGAACCUGAACGCUUGUUGAUUUUUUUCCCUAGCAAAGAUAUUGCAUGUUAUGUGUUACUCCCUCCGUUCCAAAUUACUCGUCGUAGAAAUGGAUGUAUCUAGAACUAAAAUACAUCUAGAUACAUCCAUACUUGUGACAAGUAAUUCGGAACGGAGGGAGUAAUACUUAGUACUACCUCUAUAUCAAAACACAAGACCUUUUUGUAAACUGAACUAGCCUACAAAAACAUCUUAUAUUUUGAUAUGAAGGGAGUACAUGAUUUACCUGCUAUUCAGUCA